AUGGUUCUUGAACACGCCCCCGUGACGGGGCUUCUUCUGGGCAUCUCCGUUCUCUCCCUGUCUUUUACUCCCCGGCAGUACAUCACAUUGCAGCAUCCGUACGUGGCCUCGGGAUGGAAAACAACCAUCAGACGUCUUCCAUUGGAAACAUUACCGUUUGGGUUGAUUGGUGUAUCUUUGAUAGACGUCACGUGUACGUUGCUGAUACUGUUCCAGAUGCGGAUCCUGGAACGGCGUUGGGGAUCUUCAUUGUUUCUCGCGUUUGUUAUGACAUCUGCCAUGACAGGCUCUGUGCUGCUCAACAUGUUCAUCACGGAAUCCACGCCGCCAUUAAAUUUGGAUCAGCUGCGCAUUUUGUCUUCUGGGGGCUCAAUUGUGCCGUUGGUGGCCCUUGUAACGCGCUAUGUUCUUGAGGUUCGUUCACUUUGCCGGUGGCGCGUUCCCCUACUCCCUAUUGUAAUAACCGAGUGGUCGUUGGUCUUUGCGCCCCUCAUACGACUGGUGAUGUUCCCCGCCACGGAGAUUCGCCCGAGGACACACAAGCAGCGUGCCAUUCACGUAGACAUCGGCUCCUGGACUCGCCUCAUGUUGGCCCUCUUAGGUAUCGUGUGGGGUAUCGCCUCCAAGGAGACACGGCUGCUUAAAUGGUGGCUGAGUUUUUCCAGCCGUUACAUCUGCCGUCCCUUCAUCAACUUCAUCCGUCCCGUUCUGUCCUGCAUGGCCGGAUCCACAAGUGUUGUAGAACUCGGUAUCCCUCGGCAGAAUAGCGGGGAACAGACGGUGACGAGCGGCCGCUACACAGUGGACAACCUCGCCGGACUCCAGGUGGAGGGACACGUGCGUGUGCACCGCGCGCGUCCGCCUGCGAAUGCCCUUUUUGGACAACAAAUGCGCCGGCGAAAUGAGAGAAACAAUGGGAGUCACGGCGGCUCAACGGUGAUGACUGAUGCUGUCACAGAGGAGCGCAUUGCACAAAUCAUGGAGCUUGGUCUGGGGUUUGACGCGGAGACAAUUCGCUUAGCCUUGAUUGAUGCAAAUGGGUACGUGGAUAUGGCUGUCGAAAAGCUCGUGAGCCGCCUUUGA